GGCCAGGGAGGUGCUGACUGGGCUGGCAGGCCCCGGGCACAGCGGAUGGUGCUGCCGCGGGCUGGGCACCGGAGACGCGCCAGGGCCACUCGCGCAGGGCAGCGGAGCCCGGGGCCAAGGGGCCAGGAGCAGGAGCGGGGCCCGGCACGGCCCGGCCCGGCACGGCCCUCAGCAUGACAGAAGAGGUGCCCGCAGCUGCCACCAUGCCGGCGUGCAACGGGAGCCUUCCCCCGGAGGAUGGCCCACUCCAGGUCAUCGGCGGCCUCGAAGAAAUUGCAAAAUCUCUUGGGACAGUCCCGUACGCGAACGCGGAAAUGAGCCCCGACACUUCACCUGCAAAGGAGAAUCUGGAGGAAAACAGAAAUUCAUUGCCAGAGGACAUCACUCCUGAGAAUUUUGCUGGAGAGAAGCGAUGCCAAGAAAAGCGAGAGGAGAACGCUGGGACACCGCAGCAGGGACCAGCGGAUAUCCAGGACGCAGGGACCAAUGGCCAGGGAUCAGGGGAAGGGCCGGGGGGCACAGCGGGGACCCCGCCGGGCAGCGCCGAGCCCAGAGCGGAGGAGGCGGAGGAGGCGGAGGAGGAGGAGGACACGGAGGAGGACGAAGUGCAGGUGAUCGAAAUGAAGAGGGAGGGCGGCGGGGCGCCCCGCCCGCAGCAGCCGCCGCCCCCGGGCAGCCCCGGCCGCGGCUCCCCGCUGGACAGGGCGGCGGAGCAGCCCGGCCUGGGGAAGAAGAACGACAUCUCCAGACACAGCUACUCCAGGUACAACACAAUCUCCUACCGGAGGAUCCGCAAAGGAAACACCAAACAGCGGAUCGACGAGUUCGAGUCCAUGAUGCACUUGUGAACUGAGCGGGGAGUGCCUGACCACCGAGCCCUGGCUCUGGCUUGGUUUUAUUUUCUCCCCCCAAACGUGUGUCUUCACACAGCACGAGGUCACUGCUUUUCUUCUUUUUGUAUAUGAUUUAUAAUACACUGUGAAAAUUUAACAUCUUGGCUUUGACGGGGGCAGAGGCAUCCGUAGCGCAGGAAAAUAAAUAAUCAGUUUGCUAAAUACA